UAAAAAUAGAUCCUUCAGAAAAUCUUGUGUGUUGUGUUUCUAACAUACGAUUGUGUUUCGUUAAUACAACGUGCAUUUGAACAAAAUCAAGCCGCCUGUUGCAAAGUUUAAAUAUUAUUCAGAAUUUUUUUGGAGGUGUAUAGGUUCCUUGAUAAGUUUUUUUUUAUAUUUUGACAAGAUUUCGCAAUAUAUCAUAAAUUAGUUACAAAGAAACAUUAAAGAUUCGUUGGACGUUUACAAUCCAAAUAAUGAAACAUAACCAGCAAAUGUAUUCAAAGAUUUUCCUUCUCGUGUAUAUUCACUAAAAUUUAAAGAAACCAAAGACAACUCGAGAUUACAAUUUUUUUGAUAUCUCGAUACUGUAUUUAUAGUUUUUUUUUUUCGUCCUAACAAAUUGAUUGAUAAAGAGAUUAUUUUGACGUUGCAAAUUUAUUGAAUUAUACAAAUUGAAGCUGGGCUACCAAUGAAUUGUAAGCAGCCAUCUUGGAAAAUCCUUUUUGGCAUUUCGAACGAAUGAAGUGUCAAAUAUCGAUAAUUAUUUCACCUCACGCGAUUGAAUCAAAAAUUUUUACGAGAAUUAAAUCCUCUUAAAAAAUCUGAUUUUUUAAAACGAUCUGGAAACUGAAAUAUAAAAAUUAAUUUCGCGCCAUAAAAUAAUAUUAUUCGAUAGUCGCGUUUAAAAGCAAGAAAAAUAUAGAGUCGAGUUGCGAUACAAACAACUCGAAUAAGAAAGGGAUAGGAGAAUUUUUCUGUCGAAAGUUGGAAAUAAUAUAGGCAAGACGGCUUCGCAAAAAAAAUCGUCUAAGAAGAUGGCGGAGACCAAAGAAUUAGAGAAUAUGAUAUUGAGUUUUCGAGUGUCUGAACUUCAGAUGCUUCUUGGUUUCGCUGGUAGAAAUAAAUCAGGUAGAAAAAACGAAUUACAAGCACGUGCUCUAGAAUUGUUACGUUUGAGAUCCCAUCCAAUUCAGCUCAAAAUACGUGAAUUAUAUAAAACCAUACAAGCUGAUCAAUUAGCUGCACAUCAAAUAUAUGGUCAAACAGGUAGUUCUGGAGAGCCACAAAUAGAUCAAAACAUGCAUUCCAGAAGUUAUUACACAACAAGACAAGCUAUUAGUCAACAACAACAGUCACAGUCUUCAGUUUCUAGUGGAAAAGAUUUACCACCUGCACAUCAAGCAUCUCUACCUCAGGCACCUAGAACCAAUCCAGUAUAUCAGUCAACAGGAUAUACUAGUGUAACACCACAACAAACAGCAAGUGCAACUUAUAAUCCAUAUCCAUAUGCACCAAAAGUUUUACCAUCACCAUUGCAGAUACAACCUAGGAGUCAGUAUCCAGUUCAUCCAGAUGUUAGGCUUAAAAAACUACCAUUUUUUGAUUUAUUGGCUGAAUUGUUAAAGCCAUCUAGUCUAAUGCCCCAAGGAUCUAUGAGACUUCAAGAGAAUACAUUUGCAUUUCAUUUAACACCACAGCAAUCAACAGAUGUAGCAAGUUCCCGAGAUUGUCGCGCAGGAAGUAAAAUGGAUUAUACAGUACAAAUACAAAUGCGAUUUUGUUUACAAGAAACUUCAUGUGAACAAGAAGACUGUUUUCCACCAAGCAUUGCUGUAAAAGUUAAUGGAAAAUUAUGUCCUUUACCUAAUCCAAUACCUACUAAUAAACCGGGAGUAGAACCAAAGAGGCCACCACGGCCCGUCAAUAUUAGUCCUUUAGUUAAAUUAUCUCCUACCGUAGCAAAUCAAAUUCACGUAACGUGGUCAGCAGACUAUGGGAGACGAUAUGCAAUUGCAAUAUAUUUAGUUCGAAAACUUUCAAGUGCUGAAUUAUUAUCGAGGUUAAAAAAUAGGGGAGUUAGACAUUCGGAUUAUACAAGAGGUUUAAGUAAUGCUAUUGAAAUGAUGAUUUCCUUAGUUAAGGAAAAACUUAAUGAAGAUGCAGAUAGUGAAAUAGCAACAACAUCGCUUAGAGUAUCGUUAGCUUGUCCGUUAGGGAAGAUGCGAAUGUGUACACCAUGUCGUGCGUCGACAUGUUCACAUUUACAGUGUUUUGAUGCCUCGUUAUUUCUUCAAAUGAAUGAAAGAAAACCUACAUGGAAUUGCCCAGUGUGUGAUAAAUCAGCGUUAUAUGAUAAUCUCGUUAUCGAUGGAUAUUUUCAAGAAGUUUUAAACUCUAAAAAACUAUUACCAGAUGUAAAUGAAAUUCAGUUGUUGCAAGAUGGUUCCUGGGAAAAUUUGGUUCCAAAAAAAGAGAAGGAUAAGGAGAAGAGUGAAACAAAAGUCAUUACAAACUCGCAAGAUCGUAAAAUCGAUGUGGAUACUGUUGAUUUAGAUGAAAGCAAUCUUACACCUCCAAAGCAAAAGAAACGAGCUGAGAUUAUUGAUUUAAUAUCAGACAGUGAUGACGAUGAUGAACAUACGACACCAACGCAAAGUACAAAAAAGUUAGCUAGUGGUACUUCUUCACCAAAAAAGUCACAAACUAGCUCGAUUAGCAGUACAAGUGAAUCACCAGAGUUGAUGAUAAUUGAUUUAGAAUAGGAUAUUUGUAGCUAUUAUUAAAUUGCCAAAUUUUGUACAGAACGAAAACCAAAAGUUUGUUAGUUCUGUGAUUGUCUUAAGAGGAAGUUACUAUGUAAAAAUAAGUGUAAGUGAAUUCACGAUCAAGUUUUUACUUUUGGUACUUAAAGUGGAAAAAAAGAGCGAAAUAAUAUUUCUUUUAGCAUUUCUAUGUAUCAGUACGUAUAGAACUCCUAUAUCAUUUCAAUGGAUAAAAGAAAAGAAAAAUAAAUUGAUAUUACUAAAAUCAAACUACAUUUAGAUAAUAAAAGAUCUUAGUGUAGUUUUUAUCAUCAUAAAAAAAAAUUAUAUAAUUUUAUUCAAAACAAAAUCAUUUUUGUUUUGUAGUAUAAGCCUCUUAUUAGCCUUGAUAUGUUAAUGAAAGUAAAAUAUAAGAUAUAGAUAUUUGCAUUAUUUUUUGUUGUUAAUGUUUAGUUUAAUUAUUGUUUAGAAAUUAUUUCUUUACUAUUAUUUCUUUUUUUUUGAUUGAUUAGGGUUAAUAAGACUGCUGAGACUAUAUUUACUACAGACUUUCUAUUUAUGAAAGUCGACCUGAAUUUGUAAGAAAUAAAGUAAAUAAAAUUUAUAUAAAUGAAAUAAUAAUUUAACCCUUUCACGGCGGCAAUACUAGUCGUCAAUAUUGCUCCGUUAAACGGGACGUUGUAAGUACAUUUUUUCUAUUUAGAUAGUCUCAUUUCUCAUGUUAAUUAGUAUACGAGAUAUUUCACACUCUUGUACUAAUUCUGCUUAAUAAAAAUAUUUUCAAAAUAAAUAAUAAUUAAAAUUAAGUAAUAAAGCUUCAAUUUUUAUUUAUUAAAAAUUAAAUUGAGAGAAUAAUUAAUUUAUUAAUAUUCUUUGAUGUGAAUAUUAUGUAAAACAUAAUAUAUAAUAUUAUAUGUUAUUAUAAUUAUAUAAUAUUCUUUUCAUAGGUGUUGGACAUAAUCGGCACUAGCCGCAGAAGGGUUAAUGCUUUUGUAUUAUAUAGUUUUUAUACGCGAGUCACAUGUUUCACGAAUGUUUUUUUGAAUUUAUUUUUCAUUUUGUGAAACUGCAUUUAUAUUUGGAUACAUAAAAUUGCCAAAUGAUAUUCCAGAAAGUUGUUGGUCCACAGGAUCUCUUGUAUCAUAUAAACUUGGUGCUUGAAAUAUUAUGCCAAGUGUUCCACCAAUACAUGCAAAUGUAA